CCGGGCAGAGGCACAUCGGGCUGGACUCCGGGCAGAGGCACAUCGGGCUGGACUCCGGGCAGAAGCACAUCGGGCUGGACUCCGGGCAGAGGCACACCGGGCAGAGGCACACCGGGCUGGACUCUGGGCAGAGGCACAUCAGGCAGGACUCCGGGCAGAGGCACAUCGGGCAGGACUCCGGGCAGAGGCACAUCGGGCAGGACUCCGGGCAGAGGCACAUCGGGCAGGACUCCGGGCAGAGGCACAUCGGGCUGGACUCCGGGCAGAGGCACAUCGGACAGAGGCACACCGGGCAAAGGCACAUCGGGCAGAGGCAUCAGGCUGAGUAGAGGCAUCAGGCUGAAUGGCGGACGGCAGGCUCACUGGUUUGGAUACUGGCAGGAUGGUAUUGGUUGGAAAGAAUUUUCGCUUUUUUCUGGUUUUAACUACUGGAGCACUGCAAGUAAAUGCAGGUCUGCAAACGAAUGGAGCAGCUGGAGACAGAGAAGAAAUGGAGGAUGGAACAGGAGAGGGAACAGUUGCUACAGAGGGCUUUUUUUACAGGGUUAAAGGCAGGAUAGGUGCAGCGAGUGGGAACAGGGUACUGACAUGCGGUAGAUAGCAGGGCAGGAGGAGCUGUUGGGAAUGUAGGAAUAGAGCUUUGAGGAAAUAGAUUAGAAGCAGGACUGGGUUUUUGUAAGCUGACUGAGGCUGGGUGCAACAAGUCUGUCCAUGUCUGCAGUAUGGGUUGAACAAAGCUGAGCUUACACAAAGCCUGUCUGGUCAAUGACUGUACUGCGUUUAUACAAUCUCUCAGUGUCUGUGGUGAACAUGUGGAAUAACGCUCCAGAAAGUAACCCACAUCAUCCUCUAAUAACCACACCAGGGACUCUACCUGGUCUGCACUAAAUGGUGGCAAAAAUUCAUCCCUGCAUUCGGGGGUACCAGAUGAAACCAACUCAGCACAAACCUCAAUCAAAGGCUGCACCUCAGAGAACUCUGUGCCCUGAUCUACUAGAACAUGAGCGAGCCGUACACCAGUAUAAUUAGUUCCAGGUGUUUGACUGGCUGCAAGGUUGAGUCUCUGAUUGCUGGGAGCACCCGCUGGCCAGCCCUGGUACUGCAGCUCAUAAG